CAGCAAGAGGAAGCGGCAGCGGCUGCCGGCACCCUGCGAGUUUGUGAGGCUGUGGGUCCCCUCCCCGGAAGGAAAGCGCUGCCGGUCUCCAUCGAACUUCCCGCUGCCAUGCCGGUGACGGUGACCUUGGCCGGCCCGGCCCCCUGGGGCUUCCGCAUCACGGGGGGAAGAGAUUUUGGGAAGCCCAUCACCGUCUCCAAGGUGGCGGAGCACGGGAAGGCGGCCGCGGGCGACCUCCGGCCGGGGGACGUCAUCGUCACCAUCAACGGGGAGAGCGCGGCCGAGAUGCUCAACGUGGAGGCGCAGAAUAAGAUCAAGCAGAGCCCCGGGCGGCUCCAGCUGCAGGUGGAGAGGGCCCCGAUGUCACUUCCCAGCCACACCAACGGGGACACCUCGCCGGAGAGGCUGGCCACACGCUUCCAGGACACGCUGCGGAUGCAGGAAGAGAGCCAGGGUGCCCUGAGAGCCUCCUGCUCCAGCCUGGCAUCCCUCACCCCGCCGCCAGGCAGCAGCAGCUCGCAGCCCUCGGAGGAGCAGUUCGUCUGUCCUGGCCUCUGCCAGCAGGAGCGAGGAAGCCUGAGCCACCAGAACAGCUCCCCGGGGUCAAUCUUGCCUCCACCCCCCCCGCGCCCACCCUCACCGGGGCUCGGGGCCCCCCCAAACCCUUGGGAGACGUGCAGAGAGCAGCGCCGCUCCUCAUCCUCUCCCAGCCCUUGCAACAGCCUGGGCUCGGAGCCGGCCAUGCGGCGCUUGGAAGAGGAUUCGGAGGUUUACAAGAUGCUGCAGGAGAACCGGGAGCUGCGGGCGGCCCCGCGGCAGUCCAGCACCUUCCACCGGCUGCAGGAGGCUCUGGAGGACGAGGGCGGAGCCGGCCUUGCAGCCCCCUUCCCCAGCCGGCUCUCGCCCAGCGCCCGCAAACCCGUGGCCGGCGUCCAGAAGCUGCACGUCUGCGAGAAAUGCGGCAGCACCAUCGCGACGCAGGCGGUGCGGAUCCAGGACGGCCGGUACCGGCACUCAUCCUGCUACGCCUGCGCCGACUGCGGCCUCAACCUGAAGAUGCGGGGUCACUUCUGGGUGGGGGACGAGCUCUACUGCGAGAAACACGCCCGCCUGCGCUACCAGGGCCCCCCGGGGGGGCCCGUCACCCCCUCUGUGUCCCCCCACUCCUGAGCCCCAGGCACCGGCGCGGCGCGACGGGGAGCUCGCUGCCUGCCCCGCCUCGUGUCCCGGGGAGCAGAGCGCACCCCGAACCCCCCGUUCUGGGGUGUCCCACCGCUGCUUUGGUAGGGUGGGGGGUCUGCGUUUAAGGGGGGGUGGGUGUUUGGGUUGGGGGCGUCACCGGGUUGAGGCGGGGGAUGCGCUGCAGCUGCCCGCCUUUGCCCCUGCUGUGCCAGUGCGUGUGAUGAGCUGGGUUGGUUCUCAGCCUGGGCUGCAGCAAGCCUGGGGACAUGGCGGGGGGGGGGGGGGGGGGAGGCACGGGGGGGGCACAGGGACGCUUGAGCACUUAGGUACUGGAGAGGGGGCUGGCACCGCUUUGUACACUGACUGCAAAGGGCUUCUCUGAGAUAUUAAACCAGAUCUCUAUAUAAAUAUAAUAUAUAUUUGCUCUGC